AUGACUGAUGACUCUGCCGCUGAAAGAUCAGCACUAAAGCAAGUUUGGCCAUCAUCUAGACUACUUUUAUGUACAUUUCAUGUUUUACAAAAAGAAUGGGGUUGGCUGCAUGAAAUGAAGAAUAUGGUAUUGAAGGAAAAACGUUUACCCCUAAUGCAGAUGUUUCAAAAAGUAUUAUAUGCUACAGAUGAACAUAAUUUUUAUGAAGCAGUGAAUAAUAUUCAGAACUUGACCGAUGAGUUUCCUACUUUUGUUAAACGAUUUGAGAACUAUUUGAAGAGAAAGAAAGAAUGGGUUUUAAUGUAUAGKAGGGACAUUUUAACUAGAGGAAAUAAUACCAACAACUACGCAGAAGCAUGUAUACGAAUACUUAAAGAAAUUAUUUUAAAUAGAACAAAGGCCUAUAACGUGGUUGCUCUUGUUGAAAUCGAAGUUUGUAGUUCCAAUGAGUUACCCCCUAGUCUUCAUUUGAAUGAAGAGGAAAACCAACAAAUAAAACCAUCAGAAACUGUUGAUUCCAAAAUUCUUAGUGACGAGGUCAAUGAAAAACUUAGUACAGAGUUUUUGAGAGUUCAGCAGUUUUUAAAUGAUGUGCCUUUAGACAUAAGAAAAAAAUUAGCCAACAAAAUGACAGUGAUAAAAAAUGCACAGCAGUURACAAAACUAAUAGUCACUUGUUCCAGARGUUUAAAUAUUGUAACUCAAAGAAAAGGCCAAAUUAAGGUUCAGCCUACUUCAAUAAGUCGUCGGAGGCAAGGUGUCACUCGAGGUUCUCGGAGAAUUCCAUCUGGAAGGCCUCCAACAUCAGUCAACAAAAAUAAAGUUAUAAAAAAAAGCCACAAUAUUGGAAAAAAUAUUAAAUUAGGCCAAUUAAAUGCUAAGUCCCAUGGCAGAGGACACUAA